GCUUAAUUGAUUACAAAAUAAUCAAAUUUUGUAACAAAGUUGUGUGACAGACAGACAGAAGACAGACAAGUUAAUACUACCACCACCACUACCACUACUACUACUCCCUCUUCUCACAAUCACUUCAAUCACAUCAUCUCUCUCUCUCUCUCUUUCUCUCUCUCACGUCUCAACACACGCAUGCAUUUAACACUAUCAUAUCAUUUCACUCACUCACUCACUCACUCACUCAUAUAUAUCUACUAAUUAUGAACUUAUGCAUUAUCUGGUCAUUAAUUAAUGCUAAUUAAUUUCUUUUAUUUUUGCACCAUGCAACAAAACUCUCAGAUAUAUACAUACAAGUGUGAUGAGAGAGUUAGUGACAGAACAGUCAUGAACACAAAAACAGAAGUCAUCUAAAUCAGUGUGAGCAAAGCUAAGCAAAGCUGACCAUAUUCUCUCACAAACACAAUGUUCUUCUGCUCAUUCUCACUCUUCUUCUUCCUCUUCUUUCUUCUUCAUUUUCUUUCUCUUCCUUACUCUGCUCUAUCUGUACUCCUCAACAAUCUAAGCCAUGCAAACAAACAGACACUUCCACCAUCUGAAGCUGAAACUCUGCUCAACAUCAUGGAAUCAAUGUCUUCUGACCAAACAUGGAAGACCUCUUAUCCUCACCCUUGUCAACAAGACUCAUCUUGGCCUGGUAUAGAAUGCAAACUUGGAAAUGACAAUACUUUUCAUGUCUCAAGGCUUGACUUUGGUACUUUUCCUUACCCAACUUGCAAGAAAACAGCUUCUUUCCCUUCUCAAAUCUUUGCUCUGCCUUUUCUCCAAUCUGUUUUCUUCUUUGAUUGUUUCACUCAUACGAAAACAACUCUAUCUGUUCCAGAAGAUAAUAAUGUCUUCAACUCCUCACUUCAACAGCUCAGUCUAAGGUCCAACCCAGCUUUAAUUGGUUCAAUCCCACCUCAGAUUUCUAAACUUAAGUCCUUAAAGAUCCUAACUUUAUCACAAAACAAUCUCUCUGGGAAAAUCCCAGUUGAGAUUUUUAGCUUAACUUCUUUAGUUCACCUUGAUUUGAGCUAUAACUUGCUCACUGGUUCUAUCCCAAAUCAAUUGGGCAAUCUUAAAAGCCUAGUGGGUGUUGAUUUAAGCUACAAUAAACUUUCAGGGACAAUCCCCAACACAAUUGGCCAACUGGGUCAGCUUCAAAAACUUGAUUUAAGCUCUAAUUUGCUUACUGGUGGAAUUCCUGAUGAUAUUGGGGAACUGAGUGUAUUGGUCUUCAUGGCUUUGAGUAACAAUAAACUGAAUAAACAGUUUCCAGAAGGAAUAGAAAAGUUGCAGAGUUUGCAGUACUUAAUUAUGGAUGAAAAUCCCAUGUCAGUACAAUUACCAUUAGGACUUGGUAAGCUUGUGAAACUUGAAGAGUUAAGGCUUGCUGAUUCUGGAUAUUCAGGUACCAUACCAGAAACUUUGUCUCAGCUAAAAAGCUUAACCACUUUGUCAUUACCAAACAACCAUUUGACAGGUCAAAUCCCAGUUGGGUUUAGUGGUCUCUCACAUAUUUACCACUUGAAUCUCAGUAAAAAUCUCUUAGGUGGUACUGUGCCUUUCAAUUCAAGUUUUUUAAAUAGGCUUGGUAAAAACUUGGACCUUAGUGGGAACCCAAGUCUCUGUUUGAGUCCCUCUGAAGCAUAUAGUGUCAAAGUUGGAGUAGUCAAUAUAUGUGGAAAAAUGAAGAAUGGAUCUGCCAAUGCCAAUCAGCCAUUGAUGAACUCUCAUGCUUUAUCUCAUCAACCAUUGUUUCUGCUUGGUCUCUUAUUAUUGUUCAUGUAAUAAAUUUUGUUACAUAGCUUAAUAUUCUAAGUUAUUGUAUUAUUAGCUGUUUUUUUCUUUAUGAUGAGAUGUAGAUACAUAAGAAUCCAAGAAAGAAAAUUAGCAGGAAAGUAGGUAUAAAAUCAUUUCUGGUUUGUUUAAAUUUUCAGGCUACAAUUUUAGUGACAUUGGUGUGAUUGUUUUGUCUUUUGACAGUUUAAUUAUUAUGUAGUAUGACUGAUAUGUUUUCUAUGAUCAACUUUCAAUAUGCAAAAGUUGUAACUGGUUACUAUUUUUGGAGCA